AUGUAUUAUAAUGUCUUCUAUUACCGUUCAUUUAAUAUUCGAUUUUUAUAUUGUAGUUCAUUUAUUGUUGUAUACGGUAUUUGUAUGUGGUCAUUGGGAUAUAUAACAUCUUCUAGUUUAGAAACUCAACCUACUAUUAUGACAUUGUCUAAAACAAUUGAUAAUAAAUAUCCAUUUAUUUCAAAAGCAAUUCAACAACGUUUAUUAAUAUUAGGUCAAAAAUAUGUUCAUUUAAAUAUUAGUCAAUUUACUUCAACAUCAAUGAAGACAAAAACAUUAACAUAUUUGUGUGAAAGUCAUUGUGGUGGAUGGGGAGAUCGUCUUCGUGGUAUUACAUCAGUCUACAUUCUAGCAAUAUUAACAAAUCGACAUUUUAUGAUUAAUAUGAAUUAUCCAUGUGAUUUAAAAAAUUUUUUACAACCAAAUAUUUAUGAUUGGACAUGGAAACCAUCAAAAAAUUUAAAUAGAAAAAAACUUUAUCUUGAUACAUUACGUAAUAAAUAUCGAGAUGAUUUAUAUUUUAAUAUUUCAAAACGUAAUUUUAUUCAACAUUGGUCAGAAUAUGAUGAUAUAUUUUUGACAACAAAUAGUGAUUAUAUUACACCAGCAUUAAAUAAUUCUUAUUUAAGUGAUAUAAUAGUCAAAUUAAAUAUUAAACAAUCAGAUUCAAAUCAAAAAAAUUUAUUUUCAUUUAUAUUUGAAAUAUUAUUUCGUCCUACUUUUAAAAUAACAAAUAUAGUAGAUGAUAUAUUAAAAUUAUUAUAUUUAUCAAAUUCAACAAUGAUAUGUUUUCAUAUUCGAAUUGGUAAAAAUCCUACAAUACCAAGUGAUACUCUAUUAUAUAAUCGAUCAUCAAUUGUUAAGGAUAUGAUUAACUUUGUUGAUAAAAAUAUACUAAAUUCGAAUAUAAAUAAUUUAAUAUUUGUUACAGGUGAUUCAAAAACAUCUAUCUCAGAAAUAUUACAUCAUUAUCCUAAAUCAUCAAUAACGGUGACGGGACCCAUUGUUCACAUUGAUCGAUUUGAUAAAUCAAUAAAUAAUGAUAAUAUUUGUCAUGGAUUUUCUAAAGUAAUAGCUGAAUUUUAUCUUUUAGGCGAAUGUAAUACGAGUCUAUUGUCGUAUAGUGGAUUUUCAGCAUGGGCAAAUCGAAGACGAACAGAUGAAUUUAAAAAUUUAUACUUGUAUUGUAGAGGUGUCAAAAAAGUAACAGGACCAACAUGGAGGAGACCUCAUACCAUUUGUUGA